AUGACUACCACAAUUAACAAUAUAAAUAAUAACAACAUUCAAGAUGAAGAUAACAACAACAACAACAAUAAUAAUAAUAAUAAUAUAAUACCAACCACUGAAGGUGGUAACAUGGCUUUCCAUAAUUAUAUAAAUGAUUUCGCUCACAUUGAAGACCCAUUAGAAAGAAGAAGAUUAGCAUUACAAAAAAUUGAUGAAAUGGAAUUCGGUUGGUCUCACAUUAGAACCAUAUUAAUUGCUGGUGUAGGAUUUUUAACUGAUUCUUAUGAUAUUUUCGCUAUAAAUUUAGGUAUCUCCAUGAUGUCCUACGUUUAUUGGGCUGGUAAUAUGCCAAGUUCCACAAAUACUCUUUUAAAAGUUUCCACAUCCGUGGGGACAGUCAUUGGUCAAAUUGGAUUUGGUACCAUGGCUGAUAUAAUGGGGAGGAAAAAAAUUUACGGGUUAGAAUUGAUAUUAAUGAUCGUCACAACAAUAUUACAAUGUAUGACUGGUUCCUCACCAAGUAUUAAUUUCGUCGCUAUCUUAACAUUUUAUCGUAUCGUUAUGGGUAUCGGUAUCGGUGGUGAUUAUCCAUUAUCUUCCAUUAUCACUUCGGAAUUUUCCACUACUAAAUGGAGAGGUGCCAUUAUGGGUGCUGUGUUCGCUAAUCAAGCUUGGGGUCAAAUCCUUGGUGGUAUCGUCGCAUUGAUCUUAGUGGCUGCUUAUAAACCAAUGUUAAUCGGUGCUGAAACCGGUGAUAUGUGUGGACCUGAUUGUAUUAAAGCUUGUGAUCAAAUGUGGAGAAUUUUAGUAGGUAUCGGUGCUGUACCAGGUUUAAUUGGGUUAUAUUUCAGAUUGACCAUCCCGGAAUCUCCAAGAUAUUCUUUGGAUGUAGACGCUGCUUCAGAUUUAGAAUCUAUCGAAUAUACUAAAGUUGAAAUAAUAGAUGAAAAGCAACUUACCUCUUCUGCUUCCACUUCUUCAAAACUUAAUGAUAACAAUAGUAAUAAUGAUUUAACUUCUUUAUCAAGAGAAAAAACUGCCGUAGAACGUAUGGAAAUUAAACCUCCAAAGGCUUCAUUUAAAGAUUUCUGUCAUCAUUUCGGUCAAUGGAAAUAUGGUAAGAUUUUAUUAGGUACUGCAGGUUCCUGGUUCAUGUUAGAUGUUGCAUUUUAUGGGUUAAGUUUAAAUACCGCAGUCAUUUUACAAACAAUUGGAUUUGCCAGUUCAGAGAACGUUUAUAAGAAACUUUACAAUUCUGCUGUGGGUAAUUUGAUUUUGAUUUGUGCUGGUUCCCUACCAGGUUAUUGGGCUUCCGUCUUUACAAUUGAUAUUGUUGGUAGAAAACCAAUUCAAUUAAUGGGGUUCAUCAUUUUAACCAUCUUAUUCUGUAUCAUUGGGUUCGCUUAUAAUAAGAUUAGUGACGGUGGAUUAUUAGGUUUAUACAUUCUUUGUCAAUUCUUCCAAAAUUUCGGUCCAAACGUUACUACUUUCAUUGUUCCAGGUGAAUGUUUCCCAACAAGAUAUAGAUCUACUGCUCAUGGUAUCUCUGCUGCUAGUGGUAAAAUUGGCGCUAUCAUUGCACAAACUGCAUUAGGUAGUUUAAUUGAUCAUAAUUGUGCUAGAGAUGGUAAACCAAAGAAUUGUUGGUUACCUCAUGUCAUGCAAAUCUUCGCCUUAUUUAUGUUAUUGGGUAUAUUUUUAACUUUAUUGAUUCCAGAAACCAAGAGAAUGACUUUAGAAGAAAUCAAUGAAAAAUAUCAUCAAGAAGUAGAUCCUUCCAAGUAUUCUGCUAAAGCUAGUGGAAGUGAAAACACAACUUCAGACCCUGAAUAUGAAAUCACAAGAAGACUUGACGUAUAA